UAUCGAAUUUUCACGGGGAAGAAGUUAGACAGAGAGAAGACGGCACAGCACAGAGUUGUGCUCUUCUGUUGGGAUUACGGCUACCCGGCCAGUCUGAAUACAUCCCGAGAAAUCGUCAUCCGAGUACUGGACAUCAACGACAACAUUCCCAACUUCCUUCAGAGUUCAUACAGCGCGGACGUAGAGGAGAACAACAACGAAGGAUCUGCCGUCUUGAAAGUGUCAGCUGUUGAUAUAGACGAGGGUCCUAAUGCAGAAAUUACGUACAGCAUUGAAGACGACAUUUCUAAUUUUGACGACGUUCUCAGCUCUUUUACACUGGACCAAACAACAGGAACUUUAUAUGCAAAACGACAUUUCGAUUACGAAACAACAAAAUACUUCAAAUUUUUUGUCCUAGCAACUGACAAUGCGCAAAAAAUUGGUGGCAAGCCGUUAAGCAGCAAGGCUCUGGUAAUAAUAAACAUUCAAGACGCAAACGAUGAAAGUCCGAAAUUUUCAAAAGACAGAUAUGAAUUUACGAUUUCUGAAAAUGCUCCGAUGAAAACCGAAGUCGGUGUCUUGCAGGUAACCGAUGCAGAUGAAACAGCAAAAUUUUCUCGCUUCAACUUAACGAUCGAAUCUUCCUUUCCACCGAGCUCUUCAAGUGACGGAAGCGGAAGUGGCUUCUUCCAACUGGAACCACAAACAGGCGUCAUCUGGACUACGCGAACUCUCGAUCGUGAACAGUACGCCGUUCAUCAUUUGUGGUUGGUAGCUCGAAACACAGCUUCUCCAUAUUUGAGUGGAACUGCUCACGUGAUCGUGCACGUGACGGACACAAACGACAACGCCCCACUCAUUGAAUACCCUUCGCACGAUAACUACACGGUGCAUGUGGACUGUGCCUUAGAACCUGGAGCACCUGUUGCUAGGAUACGAGCUAGAGACGCCGACCUCGGAGAGAACGCUUCUUUGGAUUACAGUGUUGCUAAAGGUAACGAACUCGGUCUGAUUGAAGUGGAUGGUAAGAGAGGGCUGGUGUCGCUG